AUUUCAAAACGUGGUCUUCGUCAUGUUCAUAUUCUGGUGUGGCUAGCAGACACGAACAAACCCAAGGAUAUUGCAGAUACAGACAAAAUAAUUAGUAGUGAGAUACCGGACCCAUCUAUAGAUCCAGUUGGUUAUGAAGCCAUCACACGAUUUAUGAUGCACGGGCCAUGUGGGGAAUCAAAUAAUACUUUGUCGUGCAUGAAAGAUGGUCGUUUCUCAAAACACUUUCCGAAAGCUUUUGCAUCAGAGACUACAUAUGAUCAAUUCGGUUACAUCGUAUACAAAAGGAGGGACACCGGAAUCAAUGUGGAAAAGGGAGGAACAAAACUUGACAACAGGUACGUUGUGCCAUACAACAGAGACCUCUUGGUAUGGUUGUAG